ACUUCUUCAAAGUUACCUGGCGUUUAUGAUUGUUCCGUCGAUAUUAACUUAUGCCACGUUAACGCAAUCUGUACUAACACAUCUGGGUUGUAUAAUUGUUUAUGCGAAUCUGGAUUUACUGGAAAUGGCACAUAUUGUACAGAUAUUAAUGAGUGCUUAGAUAACCUUGAUAACUGUAGUACUAAUGCUACGUGCAUUAAUACCAGUGGUUCAUUUAACUGCUCGUGUAACCAAGGGUACCUAGGAGAUGGAGUUACUUGCGUUGAUAUUGAUGAAUGUUUAAUGAAUCAAAGCAAUUGUCAUAGUAAGGCCAACUGCAUAAAUUCAAUUGGUUCGUAUGCAUGCUCUUGCAUAUGCACCACCAAUAAUCAAUGUCAUAGUAAUAGUACCUGUAAUAAUACUAUCGGUUCCUAUACAUGUUCAUGUAUGUCUGGAUUUGAGGGCAAUGGUACAUACUGUCAAGAUAUCGAUGAAUGCUCAACCAAUCAGCAUCAGUGUCAUCAUAACGCAACAUGUAUUAAUCUUUAUGGCUCAUAUGAGUGCAGUUGCUCUUCUGGAUUUCUUGGUAAUGGUAGGAGUUGUUCAGGUUAG